CCCAAAUUCCCAGUGGGUAGUAGAUGAGCUCGUAUCCAAGCACACUCGAGAAUGUGGUAGAAUAUUCAGCUAUUUUUUGUGAAAUUUGAUUAACAAUUUAAGAGACUGACAGGUGUACUCAGAUUCAAUCUCAGCUUAUCUACUGGUCUUCUCCGCCCUCCCAAUCCUAACUCUGAACUCCCAAUUUCUCCAAUCAAUUUCCCUCCUCUUCAUUUCUUCUUUCUUCUCUCCCAACUCUACCCAAAAUCAUGAGCUGGUGGUGGGCUGGAGCUGUUGGCGCUGCCAAGAAAAAAUUUGACGAAGACGAAGCACCGCGAAGCCCCGAGAGCGUAGGUCUCGUGAUCGGCGUCACCGGCAUAGUCGGCAACAGCCUCGCCGAAAUCCUCCCGAUCUCCGACACCCCCGGAGGUCCAUGGAAGGUCUACGGUGUCGCACGCCGUCCCCGCCCGAACUGGAACGCCGACCACCCCGUCGAGUACAUCCAGUGCGACAUCUCCGAUGCCGACGACGCCAAGGCCAAGCUCUCUCCGUUAUCCGACGUCACCCACAUCUUCUACGUGACCUGGACCAACCGAUCCACAGAGGCCGAGAACUGCGAGGCUAACGGCGCUAUGUUCCGCAACGUCUUGAAUUCCGUCAUCCCAAACGCACCCAAUCUCCGGCACGUGUGCCUCCAGACCGGGGCCAAGCACUACGUUGGGCCGUUCGAGGCGUUCGGGAAGAUCCAGUCCCACGAGCCGCCCUUCACGGAGGACCUGCCCCGAUUGGACUACCCGAAUUUCUACUACACCAUAGAAGAUUUGUUGUUUGCUGAGGUGGAGAAGAAGGAGGACUUGACUUGGUCCGUCCACCGACCCGAUGCGAUUUUCGGUUUCUCUCCGUACAGCAUGAUGAACAUCGUCGGCACGCUCUGCGUGUACGCCGCCAUCUGCAAGCACGAGAGAGUGCCGUUAAAGUUCCCGGGAAGCAAAGCGGCGUGGAACUGCUACUCGGUGGCUUCGGAUGCGGAUCUGAUAGCGGAGCAGCACAUAUGGGCGGCGGUGGACCCGUAUGCCAAAAACGAAGCGUUUAACAUAAACAAUGGGGAUGUGUUUAAGUGGAAGCAUUUCUGGAAGGUGUUGGCUGAGCAGUUUGGGAUUGAGGAGUAUGGGAUUGAUGAGGAGGAGGGGGCGAAGCUGAGCUUGGUGGAGCUGAUGAAGGGGAAGGAGAGAGUGUGGGAGGAGAUAGUGAAGGAGAAUCAGCUGCAGCCCACAAGGUUGGAGGAGGUUGGGGUGUGGUGGUUUGUGGAUGUUUGGUUGGGUGGGGAGGGAUUGUUGUGUAGUAUGAACAAGAGCAAGGAGCAUGGGUUUGUGGGUUUUAGAAACUCCAGGAAUUCAUUUGUCACUUGGAUUGAUAAAAUGAAGGCUUUCAAGAUUGUGCCUGUCGAGAGCAGAAUGAUGAACUUUAAAUUGCAGAGGAAACAUGAAGAAGAUCAUGAGGCACCACAUACCCCGAAGAGCGUGGGGCUGGUCAUCGGUGUAACGGGCACAGUGGGCAACAGCCUAGCUCGAAUCCUCCCACAAUCAGACACACCCGGCGGUCCAUGGAAGGUCUACGGAGUCGCACGCCGUCCUCGCCCGCAUUGGAACAGCGACUACCCCAUGGAGUACAUCCAAUGCGACAUCUCGGACCCAAACGACACCGUAUCCAAGCUCUCCAGAUUAACUGACGUCACCCACAUCUUUUAUGUCACUUGGGCCAGCCGAUCCACGGAGCCCCAAAACUGCGAGGCAAACGCCGCCAUGAUCCGCAACGUGCUACGUGUCGUCAUCAUGAACGCGCCAAACCUCUGCCACGUGUGUUUGCAGACAGGGACCAGACACUACUUCGGACCCUACGAGUCGCUCGGCAAAGUGGAGCCCCAGGAGCCGCCUUGUUUGGAGGAUCUGCCACGACUGAACGCCCCGAACUUCUACUACGCCCUGGAGGACGUGUUGUUUGAAGAGGUGGGGAAGAAAGAGGAUUUGAAUAUUACAUGGUCGGUGCAUCGACCCGGUUCUAUUUUCGGCUUUUCGCCGUACAGCUUGGUCAACAUUGUAGCCAUGCUGAGUGUGUACGCUUCUAUAUGUAAGCAUGAAAAGAAACCGUUGAGAUUUCCUGGAAGCGAAGCGGCCUGGAAUUGUUACUCGGACGUUUCGGAUGCGGAUUUGAUCGCGGAGCAGCAGAUAUGGGCGGCGGUUGACCCGAAUGCGAAAAACGAAGCGUUUAAUGUGAACAAUGGGGAUGUUUUUAAGUGGAAGCAGUUUUGGACGGUGUUGGCUGAGCAGUUUGAGAUUGAGGAGUACGGGUUUGAUGAGGAGGGUGGGGGGUUUAGUUUGUUGGAGAUGAUGAAGGAGAAGGAGGGUGUGUGGGAGGAGAUAGUGAGGGAGAACCAGCUGGAGCCCACAAAGUUGGAGGAGAUAGGGUGGUGGCUGCUGGAUUUGUUUUUCAGUGGGGAAGGUCUCAUGACUAGCAUGAAUAAGAGUAAAGAGCAUGGGUUUUUGGGGUUCAGAAACUCCAGGAAAUCCUUUGUUUCAUGGAUUGAUAAAAACAAAGCUUUCAAGAUUGUGCCUUGAGAGAUGGUCUCAAAAUUGGGAAAGUGUGUGUUGCUGUUGACUGGUUCUGGUUUUCUUGUUUUGCAGAAAAUAAAGACUUAUGUUUCAUCUUUAUCUUUAGACUUGUUUGUAAAUUUGGAAAAUUAUAUAAUACUAUCGCGCAAAUUUGUAAUAAAACUUUGUGUUUUCUUGAGU